GAUUGCUAAGAUAGCUAAGAAACUGGUCAGUCUAGAUAUUCCUCAGCAAUAAAGGCAAAAGUAACCUUCAAAAGUUGUCUUUAAGUUCCUCUUUUCUCCUUCGGUUUAAGUGAACCAAGUUACGAGUUUAUCCGCCCUUUCAACUGCUUUUCCUUCCGUGAGUUGUUCAUUUCUAUGUUCAUUUACAGUCACAAACUGUAAAGCAGUGCAUUCAAUUUUUGAUUCCAUAAUCAACAGUAAUUAUGAAGUCAACUCUAGUAUUUUUGUUUAUUGUUUUUUGUACCUUUGCUUCACUGUCAGAAUGUCGAUACAGUUCCAGACAUCACUCGCAUGUAGAGCAUCGAGCUAGAUUCAAUGGAUGGAACUUGGACAGAGAAGAAAGAGAGAAACCAUCCCAUGAUAGGCCAUCUAAUGAUAACUCAACCUCAUACCGACCAGCUCCAGAUGCACCUGUUGUACACACUUCUUGGGGAACCUUUGAAGGUACCAUUGAGACACAUUCAGGUGUUAAUGUUUCUACCUUUUAUGGUAUUCCUUUUGCUGAGCCACCGGUUGGAAAACUUCGAUUUCGUCUUCCACUCAAACUAAGGGGUCGAUAUCAAGGAAUAUACAAUGCCACUGCUCCAAGGGCAGCCUGUGUUCAUUCACUUGAAAACGAAAAGACCAUUGAAAAAACAAGUGAAGAUUGUUUGUUUCUAAACAUCUGGAUUCCAAGAGAAAAUGAUUAUGAGGAUGAUCGAUGGUCAAGAAGAAACUCUGAUCAUAAGUGGGGUCGACGUAACUCAUAUUCAAAAUCAAAACCACGUAGUCGAAGUAGCCGAGGCUUACCUGUUCUCUUCUACAUUUAUGGGUCACAAUUCAAGAAAUAUUCAGCUUCAUAUCCAUCAAGUCGAGGAGGUGUAACUGCAGCCCAAGGUAACAUGAUCUUUGUCAGUCCAAACUACCGUCUAGGUUCACUAGGAUUUGCCUAUGGAAAUGAUCACCGUAUGCCAGGAAAUCAGGCCGUUUAUGAUGUGAUUACAGCAAUGGAAUGGGUUCGAGAUAAUAUUGCCGAUUUUGGUGGAGAUCCUGAUCGUAUAACACUUUCAGGUUCAAGUGCCGGUUCCAUUAUUGCUGGAAUCCUCGCCGUUUCACCAAAUGUUAACCCUUUCCUUUUUGACCAAGUAUUGUUAAUGUCUGCUGUUCCUAUUAGACCAACAUCAAUCGAGUCUACCGAUGUUGCCUUGAACAAAACCAAAGCAUUGGCUGCCAAAUUAGGUUGUGGAGAGUUUCCAAAUGAAUUAUUUGGAUUGACCGUUGAUCAAAUUGAAUGCCUUCAGAAUGUCAAUGCAUCGGAUUUCAUUGCAAUUGACACAACGGAAGAGUUCACAAUCAUGGGAAGCACUCCAGAUUAUGCUUUUAUGCCAGUUUAUGGAGAUUCGUUACUUCCCUCUCCACCUGAUUAUUACCUUUCUAGGAAUCAAAUUCGUCGUCACGUAAAAUUCAUGGUCGGUUCAGAUAGGAAUGAUGAUAUUGAAACUAAAAACUAUGAGCCAGCUUCACGAGAAGAUGCAGAAAAGUAUUUGGACAAUUAUUUGAUAAAUGCCAUUAAACCCAAAAGCAACAUUUCAGAUGAACUUGAUUAUCUUUAUGAUUACUAUUUUGACGAUGUUGCUGACAAUGACACUUAUGGAAUCAAGGAACGAAUGGACCAACUUGUUGGUGACUAUAUCUUCCAAUGUCCACUUCUAUUGUUUGCAGAGAGAUGGGCAAAUGUCAACCCAGUCCAUUACUACUACAACAAUUAUACUGCUGAUCGUUAUAUCAACUCAACUGAAGUACAAUUUCAACAUGGUCCAGUUCAUGGACAGGCCAACUUCAUGUUCCUUGGACGACCUUUUGGAAAUGAACAGGAAUUGUAUUCUGACCAGGAUCGAUUAGUAAGCCACAGAAUGAUUAAGAUUCUCUCAGAGUUUGUUACUUCAGGUGAAGUAGCUUGGCCACCACUCCUAGUAUCAAGAGGUAAAACUUUACCUCUUGAAUGGAUCAUUGAUGAAGAUGUCAAUACGCAUAACGUCAAAGUUAGCCCUAAGCUUAAAAUUUGCCAUUUUUGGGCUAAAAUGUUCAACGUAUUUCAAUUUUAAUAUUAAUUCAAUAAAAAUUUGAUUCGUUUAAUGCGAUAAAA